GCGAGCAGGCAGCGAGCUGGAGGAGGAGCCGUCGUCGCGCCAGGGGCAGCCCGGGAGCAGAGGAGGGCGCCCCAGGUGUUUGCUCCCUCCCUCUCCUGCCAUGUCAGGGAGUGGACCACCUAUAUCUUCCACAGGGGCCCCGAGGAGCCUGGGGGCCCCCACACCUGGAGCUUGGAGGUGGAGGAGGUGCUGCUGAUAGGUGCUCAAGACAUGCUCCCCCACUCCCCUUGGUCCCUCCCCAUCCUCCUCCUCCUCCCCAGCGUCCUCAUGGAGCCCCACUCCCCAUCCUCCACACUGCCCCCAUUUCUGGCUCCUGAGUGGGACCUCCUGUCUCCACGAGUGGCCCUGUCCAGAGGUGCCCCUUCUGGACCCCCUCUUCUCUUCCUACUGGAGUCUGGGGCUUUUGGGGAGCCACUUGGCAACCCCGCCAACCGCAGUAGACGUGGGGUGAGCGAGACAGCGCCAGCCAGCCGCAGGGGUGAGCUGGCCGUGUGCGACGCUGUGAGCGGCUGGGUGACUGACCGGAAGACGGCUGUGGACUUGCGUGGGCGUGAGGUGGAGGUGCUGGGCGAGGUGCCCGCGGCAGGCGGCAGCCCCCUUCGGCAGUACUUCUUCGAGACCCGCUGCAAGGCCGAGAGCACUGGGGAAGUUGGCCCCGGUGUGGGUGGAGGGGGCUGUCGCGGAGUGGACAGGAGGCACUGGCUCUCAGAAUGCAAAGCCAAACAGUCCUACGUUCGGGCAUUGACAGCAGACGCCCAGGGCCGCGUGGGCUGGCGAUGGAUUCGGAUUGAUACAGCCUGUGUCUGCACACUCCUUAGCCGGACAGGCCGGGCCUGAGGUCCAAGCUCAGGCACAGAAAGAACAAAGCUAGAUGCUGGACACCUGCUGUACUCAUGCCUUCGGUUUGUGAACUUAAGACCCCACAGAACCACACCUCUGAUUUUGAGAGCUCAAUCUGUGCAAGAUGUGGGAUGAAAUGGGGUGUCAAAGGAUGAAUAAGAGUUCUCUUGGAGGAACUUGAUGUAAUAAUAAUAAUAGCCAAUAUUUGCUGUAUCAGCCCUAA